AUGCCCUUUGUCGGAGAAGACAACCACUCAGGACGCAAACGAAGAUACAGCGAUGAUGAUGAAAGACCGUUGUACUCAACGUAUCCCUCGGGAGACUCCAUGGAUAUUUACUACCGCAAACAACGGCCAGAGCUUCCACUCCGAAAGGUCCUUCCAACGACCAAGAGGCCCCGUAUGAUCAACGACGAUAUCCUUGAUACGGACGAUCUCAGCACUUCUCCUCGAAGCAGGCGUUUAUCGCAGCUCAAGACGCUACAAGUUCAGUCCGCUACUAAGAACCGGGUCACAAACGCUCUUGCUCCGUGCCACAUCUGCCACCGCAGACCAACCAAAAAAACACACCUCGACUCUUUUGCCGACUGCCAAGGCUGCGGAGAGCGUGCUUGCUUCGUAUGCCUUCGCGAAUGUCAUGGAUGGAACACGGAUGGGGUUUCUGGAGUUUCGGAGCAAGAAAUGCUUUCAAGGUCUUUCCACAUGGAUGAUGUGGACGACGAACGACAGCACAGUGCCACUUCCAAGGACGAACAACAACAAUCAAACCAAGGAUGGAAAGCCGUUGGACACCAGGCUGUGGUAUGCAGCCGCUGUUGUAUCGAACGGGGUACAGAAGGAGAUGUAACAUGCCUGGGCUGCUUCUCCCGGAUGGAAGGUUCAUGA